UAUAAUUCGAUAAAUGUGAAUAAUUCUUUAUUAUCAAGUUAGCUACAAACCGCGAAACAAUGAUAUUACACCAGAGCAUCGUCAAUACAAUUUGUUCCUGUUCAGUGAACUGUUUUCUAACGUUAAAUGUGUUCUUAUACAUAUGCUUGCACGUGUCAAACUCUCUGGAAUUUCGAUACCACAAGAACGAUGAAAUGGAAGAAGUGUUGAGGAACCUCUCUGCUAACUCUGGAAAGGUCAGGACUCGAGUUACAAGUAUUGGAAACUCCUCAGACACAAUUCAUCCAAAACCGUUGUGGGUAAUGGAACUGACUGCCUCAGACGAGAAUAGAAUUGGAGUCCCGAAUGUGAAGUUACUAGGGAAUAUGCAUGGUAAUGAAGCUGGUGGAAGGGAAGUACUUCUUCAUUUCAUUGAGUACUUGAUCGACAACUAUGGGAUUUCAAAAGAUGUGACUUGGCUUCUGAACAACACCAAGAUACACGUUUUACCCUGUUUGAAUCCCGAUGGAUUCGAAGUUGCAGCCACUACUUGCCAAGGUACAGCGGGGAGAGAAGUGCCUCGUUGGGAUGUGGAUUUGAACAGGCAUUUUCCGGACUUCUUUGAAGAUAAUUCCUUAGCACUAUCAAGGACGGACGUCAAGGAGUCAACAGCAAUCAUGGAAUGGAUGAAGAAGACUCCCUUCAUACUAUCUGCUGCUCUGCACGGAGGACAACUUGUUGCCAAUUAUCCAUUCGAUAACGUCAGAAAACGUUCUACAGCCAAAGUGGAAUCUCUAACACCGGAUGAUGCUGAAUUCAAACAUCUAGCAAAGGUAUAUUCGAAGAACCAUCCAACAAUGCAUUUGGGAAAGAAAAACUGCGCAGGAAGCGACUUGUCUUUCGCAGAUGGAAUCACGAAUGGUGCCAAGUGGUACACUUUUGCAGGAGGAAUGGGUGAUUAUAAUUACGCAUUCCAUGGAUGUAUGGAGGUAACACUGGAAAUUUUUUGCUGCAAGUAUCCGAAACCAAGGCAACUGGAAGCACUUUGGAAGGACAACAGACAGUCUCUGCUGAUGUAUUCCAUGCAAGCCAACAUGGGGGUGACCGGACAAAUUGUUGACUUCGAUACAGGGAAACCCAUAGAAAGAGCCGAAUUGAAUAUUGUUGGAAGAGACAUGGCUUUCUGGAGUUCCAACAAAACUGGAGAAUUUCGGAGAAUUCUGCUACCUGGUAAAUACCAGUUGAAGGUACAGAAGACAGGAUACCAUACAAUGAUAAGAAACUUCACAGUUGCCAAGACAAUCGGCUAUCCAAAGCUGACUUUUGUGACUAUUCUUCUUUACAACUCAUCUAGCCACACCACGACAACAACAACCACAACAACAACAGGAAGAACUACGAGUACCACUCCUCAACUUGUAAUUUCCAAAAGCACAUUCGUACCAAGAGUUCUUUCUCCAAGAAUAUCACUAGAAUACACCGAAGAAGUUCCACCUCCAAUGCUUGACUUAGCUGUAAGAAGCUCAUCAAAAGAAGACAGGAAACAUUUCAUUUUGAUUGUAAUGGUCCUCAUGAUGAAUUUGUUCGGUCUUCGUUGACCGUUUUCAUGCAAAAUGACAUGAAAUGACCGAAAACUGUUUGCUUAAGGAUGAGAGCCAUAUACGAAUCACAGGAUACAUUGUACACCACCAAUUGAGUUUCAAUGUAAAUAUCUGCCUUUUCUAUCUCAGCCUCUAUCUUUAAAACUAAUUUCUCCAACAAAAAAUACUUUUUUAAUUCUAUCUAGAUAGUCUCCUACUGACACCAACUGAAAAUCAAGUAAUAUAGUAGUAAGUAAGUGAGUAGUUUCCAGUGUUAUUAUUUUUAGGCGUCAGUCCAUUCAACCUACUGUGUAGGUAUAUACGAGACAGGCUUGAACGUUUAAAGCUCAUUUCUUUAGAUUUGUUUACUGCCAGUUUUCAAGCAUAGCCCACAGACUAAUAAGAAAAUAAUAAGUUUAUUUACGAAAUAAUAAAGGAUACUAAUAUAAUAUUUGUUGUAUCUGGAAUAUAUAACAUUUAUAAAGUAGCAAGGUAAACAAACAAAGGCAUCACAGAACUAUUUGCGAAAUAUGUUUCUUGUGCGUGAUUUCGCAUAGUACAUAGUAAAAACAUAACAUGUAUACGACACUUAGAUGAAUAAACGAAUGAAAUGGA